AUGGGGUGCUUCACCUUUAUCAAGGUCAUGAUGAUCCUCUUCAACCUGGCCAUCUUCCUCAGUGGUGGGACCCUCCUGGGAGUUGGCAUCUGGGUCAAAGUGGACGGAGAGUCAUUCCUGAAAAUAUUUGGGACGCUGUCCUCCAGCAUCCUGCAGGUUGUGAAUGUGGCCUAUCUCCUCAUUGUCAUUGGUGCCAUCCUGCUGGUCAUCGGCUUCCUCGGGUGCUACGGUGCCCAGAAGGAGAGCAAAUGUCUCCUGAUGAUGUUCUUCUCAGUGGUGCUGAUCAUCUUCAUUGCUGAAGUUGCUGCUGCCGUGGUGGCUCUGGUCUUCACAGGUCUUGCAGAGACGUUACUGACAGGGCUGGUGACCCCGCUGCUGAAGGAGAAGUAUGGGGCGGAUGAGACAUUCACACAGAUCUGGAAUAUCACCAUGACAGAGGUUCACUGCUGUGGCCUGAAUAACUACACAGACUUCAACAACUCCUACUAUUUUGAUACACACAACGGCUACCCCUGGCAGUGCUGUGACAUGCAGGAACCCUGCAACAGCACCAUGGCUGCAGAAAUGGCUGUCCAGGGCUGUUUCAAGCAGAUCCUGGAAGAAAUCAGGACCAACGCGGGGGUAGCGGGCGGCGUGGCAGCCGGCAUCGCUGCCUUGGAGAUUGCAGCCAUGGCCGUCUCCAUGUACCUGUACUGUCGGCUGGAUGAGAAGUGA